AUGGAAAAAAUUGACGAACAAAACACAUACGGUGGUGAAUCUCAGUUGUGCGGUGCUUUAACCCCAGAAAAAAACUACAAGCCUGAAUAUUUUACGCUGGUUUCUGUUGAAGCUUCGCGCUUUAUUUCGUGCUGCUGCAGGUCGCUUGCCAGCAGCAAGGAAGUGGCGGCACUCCGGCUCCGCGAAACUGAGGAGCUGCAGCAGCUCCGGCGGCAACAGAGCAGUUUAGCUCGGCAAGUUCGUGCGGACAAGUCGAUGGAAACAGCAGCAAAGGAAGCAGCAACAGCAGCGCGCCAUGCAGCGGAACUGCGAAAGGUCACGACCCAGAGAGAUGCACUAGCAACGGCAAUAAAGAAACAGUUCAAACUAAUUGAAGUACUUAAGCAACAAAAAGCGCACCUAGAAGCUGCGCGUUGGUUACAAUUUACUGAAGAGGAGUUCCUCAAAGUAGUCGACGCUGAGGGGUCAUCUGCACACCAACAGAGCCAGCAGGCGUAG